CACCUAACAUUUUGAAAGUGUCCGGAGACAUUGACUUUCGAUGCCUUAUAUUCCCCUUCUUCACAACGACUGAUCAUCUACUAAUUUCAAUGGCAUCUUCUUCAUCAUCGGCUUCUCUGCUAAAUCAUAGCGAUCAUAGUAUCCACUAUGACGUUUUUCUAAGCUUUAGAGGCCAAGAUACUCGUAAUUCAUUUACAGAUCAUCUCUAUGCGGCGCUAGUACGAGCAGGACUCCGCACUUUUAGGGAUAAUGAUGAUCUCAAAAGAGGUCACGAACUCAAGCCAGAAAUCGAGAGAGCGAUUAUAGAAUCUAGGGCUUCUAUAGUUAUAUUGUCGGAGAAAUAUGCGACUUCCAGCUGGUGCCUUGACGAGCUUUUGUUGAUGCUUGAGCAACGGCGGAGCUUCAAUCAUUUUGUUUUACCGGUUUUCUACCAUGUCGAUCCCUCAGAUAUCAGGGACCAAAGACAAAGUUUCGCGAUAGAAGUAGAGGAAGGAGUAGAAAGGUCAAAAUGGACAGAGUAUAAUGUCAAUCGAUGGAAGGUAGCCCUUUCAGAGGUUGCUGAUUUGACCGGCAUGGUUGUAUCAGGGUCUGAAGCAGACUUUAUUGCACAAAUUGUUGAUGCAAUUGACUGUAAACUAGAUAUCAUGAAACUAGUUAGUACUCCAGCUCAUCUAAUUGGAAUGGAGUCUCGAGCUAUAGGUAUCAACUCCUGGUUGAAAAAUGAGCAAUCUGGUGCUAAUGCUUUAGCAAUUUGUGGCAUGGGAGGCAGUGGCAAGACUACACUGGCCCAAUUCAUUUAUAACUCAAACAAGCAAAAAUUUGAAACCAGUAGUUACCUUGAAGAGAUUGGAAAGCACUACAAACAGCCUCACGGUUUGCUUGGGCUACAGAAACAACUUCUCACAGACAUUUUAGGGGGCAAGAAUGAAAGGAUAUCCAGUGUUUUUGAGGGUACACGAAAGGUUGAGGAGGCCUUACAAGUGAAAAGAGUGCUUAUAGUUCUUGAUGACAUUGAUGAACAUGAUGAAUUAGAUGCUUUACUUGGAAGAAGGGCGUUCCAUACACAAAGCAAGAUCAUAAUAACAACUAGACUUCUAGAUAUACAUGCUUGGUUUGGGUCCAUAUCUUGGAGAUGCCAAGUGCACAAACUUGGAUUGUUAAAUGAUCAUGAAUCAUUAGAGCUUUUAAGUUGUCAUGCAUUUGGAUCCAAAAUUCCUAUGGAAGGUUUCAAGGAGCUUGCUGUUCAGAUAGCAAAGUAUUGUGGUGGAAACCCACUAGCUCUUAAAGUACUGGGCUCUUCUCUAUUUGUUAAUGCUGAAGACCCAAGGAAAAGAAGUAGCAUAAUAGAGAUUUGGAGAAGUACAUUGAAUUCACUUAAUUCAUUAGGAGGAGAUCUUGAUGAUAAAAUCCAAGGUAUACUUCAAAAGAGCUUUGAUUCCUUACCACGUGCAAGUAACAGAGAGUUGUUUUUGCAUAUUGCUUUUUUCUUUGUUGGUGAAUAUGAGGAUUAUGUGGUAAAGAUAUUGGAGCAUGAUUGGCAUGCAAAAGCUGGGAUCAUGACCCUCGUUAACAGAUGCCUUCUAUCCAUCUCAUCAAGUAAGAAACUGGUGAUGCAUCAACUGCUUCAAGAGAUGGGAAGAAAGAUAGUUCUUGAAGAGUCUAAAGACCCUGCAAAACGUAGUAGAGUCCUUCAAAAUAAUGAAUCUUAUCGUUUGUUGGGAAAAGGACAGGGUUCAGAAACAAUUGAAGGUCUAGCACUUGACAUGCGAAAGCUCAGCCAAUGGACGAGAUCCAAUCCAUUAGCCCUUAAAACUGGUUCGCUUGCAAAGAUGGACAAACUAAAAUUGCUCCAGCUCAAAUAUGUAGAACUCACGGGGUCCUAUGAGAAUUUUCCAGAGUUAAGAUGGUUGUGCUGGCAUGGAUGUAAUUUGACAACAAUACCCUCCGGUUUAUUGAUGAGCAGCUUGGUGGCUAUAGAUAUGAGUUAUGGAAACUUGAAAAUGUUUGAACCACCCACGGUUCUUAAUUCGCUGAAGAUUCUAAAUCUCAAAGAUUCUCAAAAACUUGUCAGCAUCCACAAUCUUUCCCAACUUCCUAAUCUUGAGACUUUGAUUUUGUGGAACUAUAGCAAUCUCACUCAUGUUUGUAAAACAAUCCAAGGUCUUGAGAGACUUGAUCUACUGGAUUUUACAGGGUGUAAGAAUCUGUGGAAGGUUUCAUCGAAUAAGUAUGUAAAUCAACUGCUAAGGCUAAGAGCUUUAUAUACUGGUGAAGAAGUUCCACAACAGUCGUUUUCCUUACCAGACUCGUUGAAUUUUUUGUUUCUCAAUAACUGCAACCUUGAGAAAAGCAAUUAUAUUCCAGUGACAUUUAGUGGCCAGCCAUUCUUAUACAUGAAUUUAGGCAAUAAUCUAUUUGAGUUCCUGCCCAAUAACAUUAAUUUUAAAACGCUUCGGGUACUCGAAUUGACUUUUUGUCCAAAUCUCAAGUGCCUCCUAUGUCUCCCAAGUACACUAGAAGAGCUGUAUACAAAUUGGUGCUUUUCACUAGAGAAAAUAACAUUUGAAUCAACCCGGUUCAGAUUAUGCGAAUUUGUAUAUCGAGGUUGUAACAAAAUCUCUGAAAUUCAAGGCCUUUUCAAAUUGGUGCCAAUAGCAAAACUUGAUGAAGUAGAUUUGGGACAUAUGAAAUGGAUCAAAGCAUAUCAAGAUCUUGAGGUCGACCUGGUGGGUGAUGAGAUCACUAAAGACAGAAAUUGGCGUGUCCAGGUGUUAUACGAAUAUGGUAUAAUGAGUACAUAUCUGCCAGAUGUAAAGGAUCAAAGCAUGACAAAGCCUGUGUACAUGUCAUCGUCCCCGUUCUUAUCAUUUUGUGUGCCAUCUUGUCCUAAGAAACGCAGGAUCCAAGGAUUUCAUGUAACCGCCAUAUACAGACCAUCAGGUGAGGAUGAAGAUAUGUGGGUUUUGUUCAUCAAAAUCAGCAAUACAACCAAAGACCUUACUUGGAUGUACAACCCUGUGGUCUAUUGCAAUCCGAGAGUUGGAGAAGAUGCAGUGUGGUUAAGCUAUUGGCCCAUUGGGAACAUUUUAGAUGCUGGUGAUGAAAUCAAUGUGUCUGUCAUUGUGGGAAAUGGAUUGAUGGUAAGCGGGUGUAGUGCCAGCCUUGUGUAUAUGGAUGAUGGUGAAGUAGAGCUAGAAUACUGUAAAAAUUACACGAAAGAGGAAGAAGUCAUUGGUGGAGAUCUAUCGGAGUUUAAGCUGAGUACAGGAGAAUACUAUCUUUGCCGCCGUGAUUUCUUCAAGUCGACAACUCCUGAUUGGUUAAACAUGUUAGUGAGUAAUACCAUUCCAUCUACAGAGUUACGAGGAUGGAGAAAAUCUCGUCGGUCAAAAAACUUAGAUGCAUCAUUUAUGGAGUUGGAAACUUUUAGAGCCUAUGUUUUUCCCAAUUUGAAAGAUGAUGGUGAGAGAGAUGAUGAAGUCACCGACACAGAGAAAUUAAUGAUGAAGGUACGGAGGAGAAAAAGUGUUACAUGGAAAGGUAUGGAAAAUUGUAUUAAGAAGCGGGCAAAACAUUGACUGUAUAACAAUCCAAAAUAUUAUAAGUCUUAGAAAGUGCUUUAUGUCAAUAUUCUAACAUUGAUAUUAAGCAUAAUGUAAAUUUGGUCCCUGCUAUACGCCUAUACCUGUUCUUUUGGAUAUAGUGCAAAAAAAAUGUUCCUUUUUUUUUUUUUUUUUCAAAUAUGUUGUAUCAUUUUAUUAUGUUUUUGUUCAUGAGUAGUCAAAGUUAACAGUCCAGUUGUAAAUUUAUGAAAAUGACUACUUUUCAUCAAUUUUAUUUCUAAUUUAUUUAUUAGAAUGGAGGGUGUGGGAGCAUCAUAGUGUAAAC